GGUGACUUUCUCUUUACGAUGGCUGAGCAAACAUGGACUAAAGCUAAAAUAUGCGCCGCAGUCGGCCGGUUGACAUUUCGUUAACAUUACAUUUACUAUAGUUAGUAAAUCACAUGAAGUUCGGUCACAAGCUGGUGGAGGUGUGUACGACGGGGAGAGCAAACCACUCUCUCUCUCCUGACGGGUGAACUGAGGUGUUCAGCGAAGGCGGUCUUCUGAUCAGCCAGUGCAAACCUGGCGACUCAGGUUUCUGGAGUACAGCCCGCUUCGUAGCGCACUUCACUGCAAGUCGGCAAGACAGGAGGAAUGGACUUGUAGCCAAUGUAGUCAGAAGCUGCUUUUAGUGUUAAUUUUGAGAUCGUCAGCGGCGAAGUCCGUUCCGAAACCCACCCCGAGCCCAGUGAGUGCGGAAUAAAGACGGGCAGAAGCUGAGAAAUUAUCAAUUUGCCUCUGAUGUUUGAGAAACUGCUGGGAAAUUCCGGCUUUUCCUCCUUUUGACUAGCUGCAGUGGGAUUAGCAGCACAAUGCGACCACAACUGGGAAGUUACAAAUUAGGCGAUUCAGGUAAGAUCCACCGAUUAUUGUGUGGUGUAGCUUCUCGAGGGGGAAAUGUAAAGUUGUUUUUUGGAAAGCCCGUGCCUUGCCGUGAUGGGUGACAAAGUGGAAGCGCGCCACCGCAGCUCUGCCUUGGUCGGUCCCGAUGGGAUUUCCGCUGGCGGGGCCGAAGGUGAUGCCGAGGAAGGAGGUCGGCGCUCCCCGCCGAGGGGCCAGGGCAUCGACGGUGUUCCGGAAACAGACGCUGUUACUCAGGAGGGCAGCUCCACCAAGCUGUGCGGAUACCUCCACAAGCUGGGCGGGCCUCUCAGAGCCUGGAAGUCCCGCUGGUUUGCCUACGAGGACAAGAAGUGCCAGCUGUACUACUACCGAACUCCCCAGGACAUAAACCCUCUCGGCAGCAUAGACCUGACCAGCGCCACCUACAGGUACCCUCUCCGGGCGGAGGAAGGCACUUUCCACAUCCAAACCCCGGAGAAGCUUUUUGUGCUGAAGGCAUUGAACCGCGAGGCCAUGAUGUACUGGCUGCAACAGCUGCAGCUGAGACGCUUGCAGCACAGUGGCAAACUCACCAGAGAGCCCGCCAAGCUGUCUGAGGUCCCACUGCCGGACAGCGAGCCACAUGUCCUGUCAAACAGCGGAGAACAAUCUGAUGACUUCUUACCAGCAGUAAAAACCCCUGUGGGCCUUGUGGGAGAGGAAGCAGCCUGCCUCCCAGAUCCAUGGCAACAAACAACCCUGCAAAAACUCUCCCUGAAACACCCUCUGACAGAGCUGCAAAACCAGGUGCAGAGUAUUCGAAUCAGUCGAUCGUCCCACGAUUUCGGAUGUAGUGUCUUCCAUGUUGAAGAGCCUCAGCUGCCUCCCACCCCAUCCAAUAAGGAGCUUCUCCCACCAAGGACCGAGGAAAAUGCAGUGCCUGCCGUGACCCCUGACCCCCGCCCACUCUCCGCCGUGUUGUUGCUGCCUGAGGCAGGGCAGGAGGCCCAGCUGGGGGGAAGGAGGUCCCCAUGCGACAACUCCCGGAAGAAGGAGAAGAAGAUGAGCAUCCCGCUCACACUCCCCUCUGAGAGGAAGGAGGCCGGUGCCAGCGAGAGAGCUUCUCGGCUGCAGCAGGAGGUCCUCACCCUCACCAAGGAGCUUAAGUCACAGAAGGAGCUGGUGGGGCUGCUGCACAAGGCCCUGGAGGCCGCCCAGCAGGAGAAGCGGACCUGCGCGCAGUUCCUGUCGGCCGGGGGGGAGCAGAAGCGGCUGGAGCUGCUGCGGCACCAGGAGCGGCGCGCGGCCGACCUGGAGGGGCGGCUGCAGGCCCUGCAGCGGGAGAAGGAGGAGCUGGAGCAGCGGCUGGCCCAGCAGGACGGCCACGUGGCCGAGCUCCAGCAGCACGUGCAGCUGAUGAUGGAGAAGAACCACGCCAAGCAGGAGGUCAUCCUCAAGCUCUCGGAGCAGGUGUCGGCCUGCAUGGCCGACCCCCACUGUGCCACCCUUAACAGCGUGAGCGCCGAGACCUUCCGCCAGCUGCAGGAGCAAGCGGAGAACCUGAAGGAUGAUAUUGAGGCAUACAAAAUCCAAAACAAGUUCCUAAACUCGGAAAUCUACCAGCUUACCAAACUGUGGAGGAACAGUUCAGAGCAGGAGAAGAGCCUGAUGAUGAAGUGCGCCUACCUGGAGGCCAGGUACUGUCAGAUGGAGAGCAAGUAUCUGCUUCGUCUUCGCAAGCUUCAGGAGAUCAAGGGUCUGGGCACUAAGCAGCAGGAGGAGCUCAAGAAGCUGAUUGAAGACGCACUGAAGGAAGACAUGAAAGAUGUGCCCAAGGUCAACCCCAUCAGGGAGCACGAUGAGUACGGCUUCAAGAUCGUCCCAGACUAUGAGGUAGAGGACAUGCAGUUGCUCGCCAAGAUCCAGGCCCUGGAGAUCCGCUCCCAUAACCUGCUGCACCAGGACAUGGUGGACAAGCCCCUGCUGGGCCGCUGGGCGCACUACAUGGGCGGGCGUCCCUCCGGCAAGCUGGUGCCUUCGCCGGAGCUGAAGGGGCUGAUCCGCUGCGGCGUGCCAAGAGAGUACCGGCCGCAGGUGUGGCGCUGGAUCGUCAGGACCCGCACCCAGGGCCUGCGGGAGUCCCACCCACAGCGCUACCAGGAGUUGUGCAGGAAGGGCGAGGCCCUGCAGCACCCAGUCUCCCGCCAGAUUCAGCUGGACCUGCACCGCACCCUCACCAGCAACAAGUCCUUCGCCUCCCCCACCAGCACCGCCGUGCAGCAGCUGCGCCGGGUCCUGCUGGCCUUCUCCUGGCAAAACCCCGCCAUCGGCUACUGCCAGGGCCUCAACAGGCUGGCAGCAAUCGCGCUCCUAGUCCUGGAGAACGAGGAGGACGCUUUCUGGUGUUUGGUGGCCAUAGUAGAUUACAUAAUGCCUCAAGACUACUACAGCAAGACGCUCACCGCCUCCCAGGCUGACCAGAGAGUGCUGAAGGACUUCAUGGCUGAGAAGAUGCCGCGCCUGAUGGCUCACUUUGAAGAGCACGACAUUGACAUCUCCCUCAUCACCUUUAACUGGUUCCUGGUGGUGUUUGUGGAGAGUCUAGCCAGUGACAUCCUGUUGCGUGUGUGGGAUGCCUUCCUGUAUGAGGGAACCAAGGUGAUAUUUCGCUAUGCACUAGCCCUCUUUAAGUAUAAAGAAGAGGACAUCUUAAAGAUUCAAGGCAAUGUGGAGAUCUACCAGUACCUAAGGUUCUUCACCAGGACUGUCUCUGAUGGAAGGAAGCUGAUGAACAUCGCGUUUUACAGCAUGAACCCCUUCCCGAUGAAGCUCCUGAGGAGCCGACGCGAUUUCCACAAGGAGAAGCUGCAGGCGGAGCUGCGGGAGCUGGAGAGGAUCCAGAAGGAGUUUGUGACGGAGACCGUGGAACGCAAGGACAAGGACUUGGACGUCGGCAUGAGUGAGGAUGACGAGGACAUGUAGGCCCGCUCUCUGGUCAGCCCAAGGACCACGCCCAGCCAAACUGUACUCUCAGGAGUCAAGGCUUCGACUCUGUGGAGGGACCGUACCUUUCAGUCAUAUAAUAGGUUCUUCCUGUCUUCAGGUGAAGACUACACUGGAGCUACACCUGCCAGACUGUGUGGCAGCUCCACGACUUUCUCUUGCUUCCAGCUGCGUCAAACCCAACCCUGAUUUCAGCCAGAGAGAACUGUGCUGUCUGCAAACCUUGACUUGCAGAACCAAGAGAAAAUGUUUACCCAAGUCAUGAGCGUGUUUUAUUGAGAUGUACUGAGAUCUAAAAUAUACACAGCCUCAUUUUCAAAUAAGUCACCCGAGUGUUCGUUUUUCACUGGCUUAGUCACAGCCGUGCACAGACAGCUAGUUCACCAGGGCUGUGAAGCAUCACUGGAGGCACUCAGAGGAAAUGUCCAACUGACUGUGGAUCAGUAGAGAGGGGGUAGUACCACUUUAAAACACUGAACAGAUUCACCCCAGAAGUAAAUCAAGGUCUGAAAAGCAGUAGUCAAAAGGGCUUAAUGUUCUUGGGACACCUUAAUAGUGAUUCCGAACAGGCUGUAGUGACACAGACCGUGAAUACCAGCCUUAUCUACACAAUCUCUCCUAGAUAAGGUAAAAGGGCAGCACCGAGAAAACAACUUCAUUAAUAUACUGCGAGUGCUGUGUGUGGGUCCAGUUAAAUAGCUUCACAGGCAAUCUUGAAUAUAUACAGUCCGUCACAUUGCAGGUAAUGGAGUAUACAUGCUCUAUGUAAAAUAACGAACACAACUUGAGGCAUAGCCACAUUUGUUUCCUGUCUCUUAUCAGUGCCUUUUCUAUUGAUUUUAAACAUCUUCUUUAAGUAAUAAGAAAAAGAAAGCAGUCUUUUUUGUGAUGACCAUCUAUCUGGAAAUAGGUCUGUAGUACAGAUGUUCAGCUUUAGCAGUUUUUUAAUGCAAGUGAUUGCUACAUGCUCGUUUUUCGACAGCCACAAAAUGUUGAGCAAAUGUAUUCAGAUAUAUCCUCAUAUUUGAAAGUCCUCGAGUAUAGAUUGAUGUGCGCUCUAAUGAAAUGCUAAGGUCUGCUUACUAGGUUGCAAAUGAGGCACUGGAUUUUGUUUUGUCAAUGUUAUAAAUGGUUUGUCUGUAAAAUGUUUUUCACACACCCAUUUGUGGUUAUGAACCAAAUCUAAUGAGGUGUUUUCUCAUGCAAUCUGUUUGUUCGCAGGAAAAACUGUCUACAAGUUUGCCAGUAUGUUGCCUUGACAGUUUAUAGGAUUGUUUUCCAUAGCUGUGACGACCAUUUCAAGGGUUCAAGUUCUUACACUAAACUUACUGUGCUAAAAACUUUUACAAGAAAUGUGUUCACAUUUUAGCUUUAUGUACUAUGUACUGUAUUUAGUUUUAUUCUAAUAGUGUGAGUCAACUUUAGAAAUGUUAUUGUAAAAACUAGGACAGUUUUUCACCAUUCUUUCCCUCUAUAAAUCUACUGCAUUACUGAGAACAGCAUCACUGCACUUUUCAUCUUCUUACACAGUACCCAGGAAUUGAAUAAAUAAUCUGAAAAUUAUUCAUGUUCAUUAUUCAGUCAAGUCCAGCAUACCCGUGUUAAAAAAGUUACAUUGCCUAGUUCUUUCACAAAUUUUCUUCAAACUGAGAGGUGUUCUGCACUUAACACAAACCAGAAAAUAGACCAAAUAGUCUAGUAAAUGUUUGGCCUCUCCAAUAAAAAAAACAAAGCUCU